CCUCCUGACCCUCCGUGAAUCAUCAUAACUGAGAAAAUAAAAAAAAAUAAAAAAAAAAUCUUGAAAAAGGUCAAACAAACCCGCCAAUGGCGACAAGGAAAAUUGUACAGCUUGAAGGAAACUCUUCAAACCGAUCCAAAACAGUGGAAGAUAUAGUGAAGCUAGAGAGGAAGAUCUUCCCAAAGCACGAAUCACUUGCUAGAUCUUUUGAUGAAGAACUCAUAAAGAAGAACAGUGGAUUGCUUUACGUGGAGGUUGAUAAUGGACAACUUGCAGGCUAUGUCAUGUAUUCCUGGCCCUCUUCCUUGUACGCUUCCAUCACAAAGCUAGCAGUGAAGGAAAAUUAUAGGAGGCAAGGCUAUGGAAAGGAACUGCUGGAAGCAGCUAUCCAGAAAUGCAGAACCAGAAAUGUCCAGCGCAUAUCACUUCAUGUUGAUCCCUUAAGGACUCCUGCCAUGAAUCUCUACCAGAAACUCGGUUUCAAAGUUGAUAGCCUCGUAAAAGGUUACUAUUCUCCCGAUCGAGAUGCCUAUAGAAUGUACUUGGAUUUUGAUACUGAAUAGUUUAAUGGAGAUGAGUAUAGUUUUGUUAGAAUUUUCAAGAUAUAUCCAUAAUACUUUUGCAAUUUGCUAUCUCAAAACUGGAUGAUAAUAAACUUUUGAUCAAACGUAAUAAGAAAGCUUUUAAGUGUGUUUUUGGUUUUUCUGCU